CAUAUAUCGGCCAGAACUUAUUUCUUAAGAAAACGUCUUCUGGCGACAAUGAGCUGCUCUAAAGUCGGUGGUUCCUGCUGCAGAAGAGCAGUAACCCUAACGGUCGAUGACUUUGGGUUCGUCAAGACAAAUACCGAUGAAGGUAACGGCAUAAAAAGGUUCACCUGGACGAACGCAAACACCAAAUCGUCCGCCCAAGUGAUUACUUAUGGAGCCAUCAUCACCAGUCUUAAAUUUCCUGACAAAGACGGCAAUGUAGAGGAUAUAGUGUUCGGUUUUGAUUCUGUCGAAGAGUACCAAAGCGUUAAAAACCGGUACUAUGGAGCUACUAUCGGGAGAGUAGCUAACAGGAUCGCUAAAGGCAAAAUGACACUAGAUGGCAAAGACUACACGCUGGCCACCAACAAUGGAGCAAAUCACCUCCACGGCGGUAUCCAAGGAUUCGAUAAAGUUGUGUGGGACUCGUACGUCAGAGGGAACAAGGUUUUUCUCACCUAUCAUUCUAAGGACAUGGAGGAGGGAUACCCUGGAGAUCUUAUCGCCACGGUAUCGUUCGAGCUGACCAAAAACAACGAAUUCUUGGUAGAUUACAAAGCCGUCGUCACCAAACCUUCACCGGUAAACCUCACCAACCACUCCUAUUUCAACCUAGCCGGACAUGGAAAGGGUUCCGAAGAGUUGUACAAACAUCAAUUUACGGUUAACGCAGACCGUAUCACCGAAGUUGAUUCGACCGGUAUUCCAACAGGAAAUCUUCCACCUGUCUCUGGUACGGUGUUUGACCUUAGAGUACCUAAAACCCUGGGGGAUGUCAUCAAUAAAGUACCAAAUGCCAAAGGUUACGAUCAUAAUUUCUGCGUAACCAAAGCUUCUUCGCAAGAGCUGGCCUUUGUUGCCAAAGCCCACCAUCCACCAAGUGGCAGAGUAAUGGAAGUCUACAGUAAUCAACCCGGCGUCCAAUUCUACACCGGCAAUUUCUUACCUGAGACAGAUGUCAGUCAGGGAAAGGGCGCUGUCUAUAAGAAACACGGAGCGUUUUGUUUCGAGACGCAAAUCUAUCCGGACGCCAUAAAUCACCCCAAUUUUCCGAAGGUCGUUCUGUAUCCCGGAGAAGAAUACCACCACUCGACGGUAUUUAAAUUUUUGAUUGAAAAUUAAAUAUUAUUUUUUCAAUAAACACCAUGCAAAAUUUUGGUUCUAAAAUUUCGCGGUUUUUCCUUAUUUUAACAGUUUUAAUUUUUAUGGGACCCCU